AGAAAAGCAAAGCAGCAGCAGCAGCAGUAAGAGUGAAAAAAGGCAGAGAGCUCGGAAGAAACAAGAAAGAAAAAGAGGAUUUCUUGCGUGCCUCUCCACGGGUUGGAUGAACUUCGUUUCGCCGCGCCCAGGUCACAGGCGGACUAGCAGUGACUGUUAAGCAGUUCAUCAUGUUCUGAGGUUGGCCUGCGCAGGAGCUUGGGAGGGAGGUUGAAUGAGUCUUUUCCAAAUGGUUAUGUUGCUCCACUUCAGAUGUCAGAGUCUUUAGUUUUGCAGAGUUGAAAGUUGCAACAAGAAGCUUCAGGUCUGAUGCAAUUCUCGGUGAUGGUGGUUUUGGUAGUCUUGAAAGGCUGCCUUGAUGAGACGAGAUCUUCCCAGAGCAAACGAAUGACUCCAAUUGCCGCAAGGCUUCAAAGAGUGGAAGUUGGAGGUGAACUUCCUGGGCAGCUUAUCCAAAGGAUUGUCAGGCUAAUGGGAUGUUGUUUGGAGGAUGAACUACUACUUGUCCGUGACUUCUUGCCAGAGACUGCACUAAAGAACCAUCUCUUUGGAACAACAUCACAUGCAACGACACAAGUUACUGGAGCUUAUGGCUAUGCGGCACCCAAGUAUAUAGCCACAGGUAAUAUGAUGGGCUUUCUGAAUUGCUUGGGGUGAUCAUAGUAGAGAACAUUGCACUUUGGACAUAGUUUGACCAUUCCUGAUGCCAUGUUUAGCAAAUUCAUGUUAGAGCACUGGCCAUCAAUGAAUGAAGUCAUGGAAAUUGUGGGAAAAAUUAGUUACGCCUGAUAGAAAACAUUAUUUCCUAGACAAUUGAUCACAACUCGACCGUCUUUCUUGGACACAGUUAGUAAAUCUUUAUUCAUCA